AGUAAAAUGAAAUUAACUCGCAAACAAAACAAGCGAUGAAUUUAAAUUAGACAAACUGGUUAAACCAACAAUCAUAUUAUCUUUUCGUCCACAAUACUGUUUACUAGUUGAUAUCCAUUGUACCACAGAAUCUUUGUUAUUAAAUGGCAGCUAAGAAAAAAUAUUCCAGUAUUACGACCCCAACCCCCAUCGAAAGGUUAUCAGAGAAGCGAAACAUUCGGCGAAGAACAAUGACAUCGGAAAAAAACGACGGUGAUUUCUAGGAAUAUCAAAAUGCAGACAGCCAUCAACUUAAAAGGCAGCACAGGAAGCUCCAUUGAAUAUAGCAGCGACAUAAAUGCAAUUAGUAUCGAGCCCGAUCAUUCGGAGAACUUUCAAUCCGUCAGCGGGCUUAAGUAUUUACCCUCCUGGCCAGCGGUAAAUUUGCAGUUUACAAACCUCAGCUAUGAGGUGCCCGACCAGGCCCAUGCUUCUAAGCCAAAGACGAUCUUGCGGGGAGUCAACGGAGUGUUCCACUCUCAUGAGCUUACUGCGAUAAUGGGACCUUCAGGGGCUGGUAAAACUACACUGCUAAACCUGUUGGCGGGUUUUGGCGGCGUCAGCGGCUCCGGUGAGAUUUUUGUAAAUAACAGUUUGAGGGAUAUGCGAGUCUUUCGAAAAAUGUCCCGAUACAUAAUGCAGACAGAUGUUGUGGAUCCGCAGUUUUCGGUGCGCGAAAUGAUGCUUUUGGCAGCAAACUUAAAGUUGGGAAAUGAACUUAAUCUAAAGCAAAAGCUUGAGCUGAUUGACGAAAUUUUGGGAAUGUUGCGACUGAAACGAUCUCAAAACACUAUGGCUCCAAAGCUUUCGGGUGGUGAGCGAAAACGUUUCUGCAUAGCUCUCGAGCUGGUCAACAAUCCACCUGUUAUUUUUCUUGACGAACCUACAACCGGUCUGGAUGAUUUGUCGAGCUCUCAAUGCAUUGCCCUACUGAAGAUGUUGGCCGCCGGGGGACGUACUGUGAUCUGCUCAAUCCACACACCAUCUGCCAAGAUCUUUGAGAUGCUCGACGCUGUCUACGUCCUCGCUAAGGGCCAAUGCAUCUACCAAGGAAGUGGAACAAAUAUUGUUCCCUAUAUGAAGCAUCUGGGACUGUGCUGCCCAGUAACAUAUAACCCGGCAGACUUCAUCAUUGAAGUGGCAUGUAACGAGUAUGGGGAUUCCUAUCACGUGAAUAUGGUUGAUGCCGUUGGAAACGGAAAGGUUUCACGAUGGACUCCUCCAUCGGAGGAUGGCAAAUUAACACCCACAAAAACCGACACCACAUCGGGAGCAUCGUCAUUUUACGAACUAGAUCAGUUUGAAGAGGAGAUCAGUCCAAAGCUGUUGCAGGCCAAGUGCAACUGGUGGAUGCAGUACAAGCUCCUUUUUAUGCGGAUGCUCAUACAAAUGUGGAGAGACAAGUCUUACAUUAAGCUGAAGUUCUACAUGAACAUAGUACUUGCGUUACUGGUGGGGUCGCUUUACUUUGGUAUGGGAACCUCGGCCUCUAAAGCGCUUUUCAAUUUCGGUUUCAUGUUUACUAUUGUGAUUGCAUACCUCUACCUACCUAUGAUGCCUGUUCUCCUAUACUUUCCUACGGAAAUUAAUCUGUUGAAGAGGGAGUACAACAAUCAGUGGUAUCGUCUAAGCUCCUAUUACGCUGCAAUGGUAUCCUCCAAGCUACCAUCCAUGUUCAUUUUAGCCGUUAUUUAUCUUUCUAUUGUAUACUUAAUGUCCAGCCAGCCACUUGAGUGGUUCCGCUUUGCCAUGCUAUUUACAAUAGCUUUCGUUACGGCCUUGACUUCUGACAGUUUUGGUUUGUUGAUCUCAAGUAGACUUAGUUUGGUGAAUGCAAUGUUUAUGGGCCCAGUGCUUGCCGUACCCCUAAUCCUGCUCUCUAUAUACGGAAUAGGGUACGGUGGUGGAACCUAUGUAUCCCCUCUUAUGAGAUUUUUUAUGCACCUCAGUUACCUUCGCCACGGUAUGGAAGGCUUAGUCGCCUCCCUGUAUGACUAUGGACGCGCUGACACAAUUUGCGAGGACACAGAAAUCUUUUGCUCCUUCAAAAAGUCUAAGGUCCUGCUGGCCUUUCUAGGCUUUGAAAACAUGCACUAUUUGUGGUCUCUCACAUGUUUAAUUGGCUUUUAUUUGUUUUUUACUGUCGCAGCGUACAUUAUGAUAAGACAGCGUCUGAAAAAAUCAGCGAUAAACCCAAUUUUUGCAUACGUCCUACAGUUGUUAACUAAAUAUUUUAACUUUACUUCCUACAAUUAUUAAAAACAUUGAUCGUUUUGGGCUGGUGCUCUUAAAAUAUUUUUAAGCGGGAUUCCAGUGGUCAGUCUUAGUUUCCAAAUAGCCCAUAUUAAAAUAGGCCAAGCACAAGAACAUAUAAGAGUAAUAAAACAUUUUUAUAUUUAUGUUAAAGAUAAAAAAUAAAAGUGUUUUCUUUAA